AUGCAGAAAAGGAGUUUCGAGCGUGGCGAUAAAGCGAGACAAUUGAUUGAAUACGACGCCAGUACACGGCAAGAAGUGAUCCGCACACUGGCAAGUGAGGAUGGUUUGCGUUUGGUCUUGGACAUUGUCCAGGAGAAUUUCGAGGACAUGAACCCGCAAACGAGAGACCUAAUCUUCAAGACACAAGUGUUGCCAUUUCUACAAAUAGUCACAAGCCCCGAGGUCAUAUCCUCGUUAGUACUAGAGCAGGCGGUUGGCACUAUCUACAAUGUCUUGUUUGGAAUCGACGGGUCUAGAGCAGCACGGUGGCUCAAUUUUAUCUGCGGCGUUCUCGAAGUAGACACUACCAACGAAGGCAGUGCUAUGUUACUGGAGGCAUCUCUACACACGUUUUCCCGCAUCGCGGACCUGAAUUCUACGGCUCCUAUCCAGGACAAUCUGCAUGCCGUGGCACAGAGAUUUGAAACUGUCUUCGCCUCAAUGAGCAACAAGACAGGCAUGGGCAGUAGACUUCAUCAAUCUCGGUUGCACCUUGAUCGUAUUCAUCAGCGCCUGGAGACUGGGAAAUUGUUUCCAAUGGGUACGCCGGAGAAGAAAGUCAAGAAUGAAAGCAAAGUCGCUUUCAUUGCCAACCGUGAGACUCCCGGGGGCAGACACAACAACGACUUUGACGACAUUUGCCAGAUUAAGAUUAUGCCUAGUUUUGAGGAAAUCUGCAGCCUGCGAGCCGAGUACUUGCCUGUCAAUAACCCACUUCAGUGGCAUAUCGAUGGUAUGGACGGAUUGCUAGAUCGAAACUUUCGGUUGCUGCGAGAAGACACUGUCGGCCAACUUCGAGAUGCCAUUCACCAUGAACUGAGUCCGCAUGCCCAGCAAUCACAGUUGCGCAAGCUCGUAUAUCCCAAGUCAAUCGUGGUCAAUCUCGAAUUCAACUGGCUUUCCGGUCUUUACUUCGAAGUCGACUUCCCUCAGCCUGCUCCAGUCAAAAACUACACACCAGUGGCCCGAGAGAUGUGGUGGCAGAGCUCAAAACGUCUACAGCCCGGUGCGCUUGUGUGCCUAAUCAUCCAAAAGGAUGUGGUUUUGUUCUGCACCGUGACACACCGUGACAUGUCACCCAGGCGUAAAAAGGAGAAUGUCCUUCCACAGGAUCCCGUCCCGCCACAGAAUAGGGCGGAGCCUAGAACACUGUGGAAGAGCUCCACGAGAGGCUCGGUUGUAUUGACGUUGGUUGAUUCUCGAUACACAAACACUCAAGUCGUUCUAGAUCUUUUCAGUCCCAAAAGGCCCACCAUGUCUCUGGUGGAGUUUCCAGGAGUCAUUCUUCCGGCCUUUGAACCGGCGCUCCAGGCACUUCAAUCGAUGAAGGUGGCACAGAACCUGCCUUUUUCAGAGCUUUUUGUCCCAUGGGCCUUCGACAAUUUUGACCUAGCUGAUAUGGCUCCUCCAUUGUAUGCUACACAGCCUGGCUUUGCAUUCGAUCUCCGCUGCAUCAUGAAAGAUGACACUAGUUUCUACGUCCGCGUUGAUCAACCAUCUAACGUAAAAUACGUACAGGAUCAUUCAAUCCUGGAUGGUGCACAGGCUCAUGCGUUGAUUAGUUGUUUGAAACGGAAGCUCGGUUUGAUCCAAGGACCACCUGGUACCGGCAAGAGCUACACUGGUGUGGCUCUUGUUAAAGUCUUAUUGGCAAACAAAUAUGCGGUGAAAACAAGACUGGGACCCAUACUAUGUGUCACAUAUACCAAUCAUGCGCUUGAUCAGCUUCUUGAGGCUUUACUGGACAACAAUGUGACAUCGCAAAUCGUUCGUAUUGGAUCCCAGUCAAAGUCGGAGAGGUUGGAAAAGUUCAACCUUCAGACUGUUGCCAAGGAUACAGCAAGAACAAAGAUGGAGAAAAAAGAAAGAUGGAGCACCGCCGAGAGACUCUCAUUGUGUGAGGAUGACUUCCGAGCCCUUGACCUGAAAAAGGAAGUCCCCAUUACUCGUCUCAAGACCUAUAUCCAACAGACAUAUCCUCACCACCACGAUCAGCUAUUUUCGCUGGUUCAAACAGGCGGUUUCUAUGGAGUAAAAACUGAAAGCCCUCAGGCCACGAUCACCUCCUGGCUUGACUCAGCAGCUAAAGACAGUGCUCAUCCACGGCCUGUGGACCAACUUAAGAACAUCAAUGUUUGGGAAAUGUCCCAAAAAGAACGACAGAAUCUUUACAACCGGUGGUGUCGUGAUUAUCGGGCAGACGCGGACGAAAAGGUCAGGCACAUCGUUUCAUCGCACAAGGCUGCCAAACAGGGGUACGACAGCGUCCAGGAUGAGAUGCACCUUCGCUGCCUGGCUGAAGCAGAUGUCAUUGGCGCCACUACAGCUGGACUUGCUCGCAGACUGGAUGUGUUCCGAAGACUUCCAUGCAAAUUCAUGCUGUGCGAAGAGGCUGGUGAAGUUCUGGAAUCACAUAUACUUACGGCGUUUCUACCUUCUGUUGAACACGCAAUUCUCAUCGGCGAUCAGCAACAGCUUCGCCCUCAAGUUCAAAAUUACGAUCUUUCUAGCGAGAAUCCUCGGGGUGGUGCGCAAUACUCACUCGAUAUCUCCUUGUUUGAAAGACUGGUGAGCUCAAACAAAAGCCCCAUGGGCUGUGGAGCUCCUUUCAGCACACUGGAAACACAGCGGCGAAUGCACCCAUCUAUUGCUCGGUUGAUCCGUGAGACCCAGUAUACAAAGUUGAAGGAUGAUCCAUCUGUUUCAGGGUACCCGGAAAUUAUGGGGAUGCGGAAACGAUUGUUCUGGUUGGAUCACCGACAGCGAGAGGGAGGACCUGAUCCUGACGCCAUGUCGACAUCUCACUGGAAUAGCCAUGAAAUCGAUAUGACCGUUGCGCUGGUCAACCAUCUUAUUCAACAAGGUGAAUACAAGCACGGAGACAUUGCGGUGUUGACUCCGUAUCUGGGCCAGCUUCACCGGCUACGAAAAAGGCUCGAUGAACUCUUUGCCAUUGUAGUAGGUGGCCGUGACCGGGAGGAUCUCAAGCAGGCGGCUUAUGGGGAUUAUCAAGACAAGGACAGCCCCAUGGUCAAAGCAGCCUUGUCACGAACUCUUCGUGUGGCCACUGUGGAUAAUUUCCAAGGCGAAGAGGCUAAGGUUGUUGUCAUAUCUCUGGUCCGAAGCAACACACAGAACAAAUGUGGCUUCUUACGCACUCCCAAUCGGAUCAAUGUUCUGUUGUCGCGGGCACAACACGGCAUGUACAUCAUCGGCAAUUCGGAGACCUCGAUCCAUGUUCCCAUGUGGGCUCAAGUGGUAGAGAUUUUGAAGCAGGGCCAGAAUAUCGGAACGUCCCUGGAACUUCAAUGCCCUCGCCAUCCAGAUACACCUAUUGCGGUCUCGACGCCAGAAGAUUUCCCAAAGUUCUCUCCCGAAGGAGGUUGCAACCUGCGAAAUGCCAUUCGGAUCUUCUCCACAACACUGUCUUUUGCCUGGAGCCUUGCCCUCGACCGUUUAGUGGCUGUAACCAUCCAUGCCCUAAGCGAUGCGGAGACACUUGUCCGGAAAAGUGCAUGGUAA